AUGGCUGCAAGCCUGCCGACAGACAGCCUACCGUCCAAACAGCGCCCAUCAUCAGCAUCCCAGGAAACAGAAAAGCCAGGCUGUAACCCUGAGGUUUGGCACUUGAAAUUCCGAAGUUUCUGUCCCUCAAAGAGGUCCAGUCCCAUCCAGUGUCUCAAGGAGAUCUCCGAGCUGUGCCAUCAGUGGUUGAGACCCGACCUCCAUAGCAAGGAGGAGAUCCUGGAUCAGUUGAUACUGGAGCAAUUUAUGAUCUCAGUGCCGCCAAAACUGCAGGCUUUGGUCAAGGAGAGUGGGGUGAAGAGCUGCAAGGAGCUGGAGAAGAUGCUGAGAGAAGAUGAGAGGCCUCGCCAGUGGUCCAUCGUCAACUGGAAAGGACGGAUAUACCUCUGCCGGGAUCCCAGGGUUGAAAACAGAGAAGCCAUGGAGGAUCCGUCAAAUCAGAGCGAGGAGCCGCCCAGCAGAGGCCAGGCUAGCCCAGAGCUGCAGAACCUGCCUGAGACUGAAAAGCCCUCCACCAGUCAGUCUGUAAUUGGAGGCUCUGAAGUGGCCCAAGCCAAGGCAGAUGACAGGGAUGACGACGUGGUGGAACUGUCACAAGACAGUCCCAGCGGUGGCUGUGCUAGGAUAGAGUUCCUGAACCUGCCAGGGACUGAGCCGUCUGUCGGUCGGAAACAAGAAUCCUUGAUGCAGACGGUCCCUGAGAGCAAAGAUCCAGACUGCCGGAGAGCUGAGCAGGACUCCGGGAGUGAGUCUGUGCGGGGCUGGGACAAGGCCUCCAUGCUUGUAUCUCAGGACCCUCAGCCAGCACAGGGUCCUGAUGCCACGAUGCCCCAGGAAGAUGCAAAACUGGAUGCUGUCACACCGUUCACCCACAUUCUAGAAAAAAGAGAUACAGCCCUGAGUGCAGAUCUUCAGAGUCUCUGCGGUCCCCAAGCUCCUACUUGCAGAGGAGGGGCCUCCUGUGCGGACAGUACUGAAGAUGGGAAGCUAGCAAAGGCUGCCCAACCACAGCCUGUAGAGCCGGUUGAUCCCCUCCCGGGCCAGGCUCGGUUUGAGUGCCGUGAAUGCAAGAGGGGUUUCCUUUACAGGUCUCAGUUUAUCAUCCACCAGAGGUCACACACGGGAGAGAGACCCUUUGAGUGCAGCCUGUGCAGCAAGGGUUUCCUGCAGUCCUCGGACCUCCGAGUGCACCAGCGCACCCACACCGGUGAGAAGCCGUACGUGUGCAGAGUCUGCAGCAAGGUGUUUGCGCACGAGUCCACCCUGCUGGGCCACAACCGGAUCCACACGAAGGAGAAGCCGUACACGUGUGAGCACUGCGGGAAGUGUUUCAGCCACAAGGGCAACCUCAACGUCCAUCUCCGCAUCCACAGCGACGCGAGACCCUACGCUUGCAAGGAAUGUGACGCGGCCUUCCGGCAGCAGGGCACUCUGAAGCGACACGUGAAAACCCACUCAAGAAUGGCGCCCGUGAUGCUAUCCCCAGAUUGA